GCAAAGAUGAUUCUCCCAAUCUUUUUGAUGUUUUCUUUCUUAUUAUCAUCAUCAUCCUGCAAUGCAUUAGACUUUUGUGUUGCAGACCUAAAGACUCCUCAAGGGCUUGCAGGUUACUCUUGCAAGAAGCUUGAACUAGUCACUGUAGACGAUUUCGUUUUCUCUGGACUACACGCGGGCAACACUUCAAACCUCAUAAAAGCUGCUGUAACACCAGCAUUCACUGCUCAGUUUCCUGGUGUUAACGGACUCGGCAUUUCCAUAGCUCGUCUGGAUUUGGCUGUUGGCGGAGUAGUGCCUAUGCAUACACACCCCGACAGUUCGGAAAUCAUUGUUGUUAUUCAAGGCAUAAUUGAUGCCGGAUUCGUAUCAUCUGCCAACAAAGUUUACUUCAAAACUCUUAAAACUGGGGAUAUCAUGGUUUUCCCCCAAGGUUUAUUGUACUUUCAAAUCAAUGCAGGUACAACACCAGUAUUGGCAUAUGUAUCUUUCGGUAGUCCAAGCCCUGGUGUUCAAAUCCUAGACUUCGCCUUGUUUGGAAAUGAUUUGCCCUCCAACAUUAUAGAGGAGACUACCUUCCUAGAUGAUGCUCAGGUUAAGAAACUGAAGGGUGUUCUUGGUGGAACUGGUUAAGUUCCAUGUCCUUCUUUGUAUUCCUUCUUCAAGUUCCAUUGUCUUUUGCUAAGCUGAUAUAUCUGACAAUCAAAUCUCUAAGAAAAAAAAAUAGUUGCUAAA